GGGCCACGGAUUCCUAUGCGGAAUUGUCUCAUUCAUUGGAAAAUCAGUAGCCCAGUCAACAAAAAAAUUGGUAUCCUCAUCUUCCCCGCCAUACUUAUAGCGAUGUGCGGCACCUUUUACUGAAUAUUCUCCUCCCCUUCCAUAUUUAAACACUCUUCUGGAACCCAAACCCUCGUUGGACUUGUGGCUGCCGCGCGCCAAAUGAAGCGUUAUCGGAGUACUUCGCCGGUGGUGGUGGCGGCGGCGCCAUUGUUGGUGGCGUUCGCUGCACUCGUCGGACUCUGUGAUGGAGGAAAGACGAGCGCUUUCGUCCGGAAGGAUGAGAAAGCUGUGGAUAUGCCGCUUGAUAGUGAUGUCUUUCGUGUUCCUCCGGGAUAUAAUGCUCCGCAGCAGGUCCAUAUUACUCAAGGUGGUCAUGAUGGGUCGGCGAUAAUAGUAUCAUGGGUGACUACUGAUGAGCCUGGUUCAAGCCUUGUUCUUUACGGGACAUCCGAAAACCACUUGGCUUUUUCAGCUGAGGGCAGUGUGCGGAGAUACAGAUACUACAACUACACAUCAGGAUACAUUCAUCAUUGCACUAUCAGAAAUUUAAAGUAUGAUACAAAGUAUUACUAUGCAGUUGGGGUAGGACAGACACUAAGGAGGUUUUGGUUCACAACACCUCCAAAAGUAGGCCCUGAUGUUCCUUACACAUUUGGCCUUAUAGGUGACCUUGGACAGAGUUUUGAUUCAAAUCUUACCCUUGCUCAUUAUGAGUCAAACCCAUUGAAGGGUCAGACUGUGUUGUAUGUGGGUGAUCUCUCUUAUGCUGAUAACUACUUGUAUCAUGACAAUGUUAGAUGGGACACUUGGGGAAGAUUUACUGAGAGAAGUACUGCAUAUCAGCCUUGGAUUUGGACUGCAGGGAAUCAUGAGAUCGACUUUGAACCGGACAUUGGCGAAAGUGUGCCUUUCAAGCCCUACAAAAAUCGUUAUCACGUUCCAUACAAAGCUUCGGGCAGCACAACUCCAUUCUGGUACUCCAUCAAGCGAGCCUCCGCAUACAUUAUCGUCUUAGCUUCAUAUUCAGCGUAUGGGAAAUACACUCCUCAGUACAAGUGGCUCGAGGCCGAGCUACCGAAAGUAAAUAGAACUGAGACCCCUUGGUUAAUCGUUCUCAUGCAUUCUCCAUGGUACAAUAGUUAUAAUUACCACUACAUGGAGGGAGAAACAAUGCGAGUUAUCUACGAGCCAUGGUUUGUAGAGUAUAAAGUUGAUGUAGUAUUUGCCGGCCAUGUUCAUGCAUAUGAACGCACCGAAAGAAUUUCAAACAUUGCCUAUAAUAUUGUGAAUGGACAAUGCAAUCCUGUUCCUGACCAAUCGGCUCCGGUUUACAUCACUAUUGGUGAUGGAGGAAAUCAAGAAGGACUUGCAAAAAAUAUGACAGAACCUCAACCGACGGCAUUCAGGGAGGCUAGUUUUGGCCAUGCCAUAUUCGAUGUGAAGAAUAAAACACACGCAUAUUAUUCGUGGUAUCGUAACGAAGAUGGCUAUGCGGUCGAGGCUGAUACAAUGUGGUUCUACAACAGAUUUUGGCACCCGUUGGAGGAAUCAUCAGCAUCUGUAUAACUAAGAACCUCGGAUGCAGGUUUCUUUCUUUGGCGGUUGCUGCUCGAAGUUCUUAGUGAGUUGCCCUUAUUGUUUGUCAGCGAAGUUCAUGUUAGCUUCGUUAAAGUUUAUGAUUUGAGAUAUUUAUAUCAAGCUUAAAUUCUAAAUAGUGGCUCUAUUCUUUUUCGAAACGGUUCAAGUCCUUAUUUGUCAUGCAUGGCUGUAAAAAUUGAAUAAAAAUGAUAAAAUGUGAGGAAUGGUUGUCUUUGAAAAUAUGAAAUGAAAUUAUGUACUCUUUUUAUUAUGGAGUAAUGUGUUGCAAUAAAUAAUUGUGGAAU